AUGUUUCAAAUUUACAGCACCAAGAGCCCUGGACCAGAAGGGUAUGACAGUGGAUUCUACAAGGCAGCAUGGUCUUUGGUGGGAGAGGAUGUCACAAAUGCAGUGCAAGAAUUUUUUCAGAAUAGUAAGAUUCUAAGGCAGAUCAACUCAACAAGUAUUACUCUCAAUCCAAAAAUAGAGGUGCCUGAAGUUGCCAGCCAAUAUAGACCAAUCUCCUAUAGCAAUGUCAUUUAUAAGUGCAUAUCAAAAUUAAUCUGCAGUAGAUUAAAAAUUGUUGUCAGCCAUAUAGUAGCAAAAAACCAGUCAGCCUUUGUACAAGGGAGAUCAAUGAUGCACAAUUUGUUGAUAUGUCAUGAUUUACUAAGACACUACAAUAGGAAGAAUGUAUCUCCUAGGAGUUUUAUGAAAAUAGAUCUAAGGAAAGCUUAUGACAUGGUGAGCUGGGAGUUUAUUGAGGAAGUCCUAGGUGGUUUUGGGUUUCCUGAACAAUCCAUCAAAUGGAUCAUGUUGGGAGUUACUACUACAAUAUUUUCAACAAAGUGA